UCCCAAUCUUCUUGGUGUGCACAGUAAAAACUACACAUCACCUUUUGCCUCAUAUGAUCUAUGGACUAUAGAUCAUAAGAUUAACAUAUGAUUGACUUACAAGUUAUAAUUUCACAUACGCCUAAUUCACCAAAAUGCCACGCGCACUCUUUCACAGUCACCUUCCAGUCACCACAUCUGACCACCACCCAACAGCCACGGCUGACCACCAGUAUUCCAAGUCAGUAAAGACCAAAAAGCCCCUGACUUUAUCACUCCCACCGCACACUCCCCUGCCUAUUUGUGUCAUUUCAGCCCUCUGCCUUCUCAUAGGUGUCGCCGGAGUCGUAUUCUUUUUCCUCGCAGUCCUCCGCCCCAGACCCACCCCCGUCUUCCGCUGCGGCCGCAUCGAGGACACCUUUCGCGCAUUCUACUCAGGCCAACUUGGUGGCGCAGCAGCCGGAGACUCCGGCGUCGCUGACCGGCCAAAAGUCCAUGGGUUCGUCGGAAUCCAAACCGGGUUCUCCUCCGGCGAUCGCCGCAAGGCUUUGAGGAGUACUUGGUUCCCUUCUGAUCCUGAGAAUCUUCUCAGGUUGGAGCAGGCUACUGGUCUGGCCUUUAGAUUUGUAAUUGGACGGUCUAAAGAUGCGAAGAGGAUGGAAAAUCUCGAGAAAGAAAUUGAGAAGUACAGGGAUUUUAUGAUUAUAGAUGUUGAGGAAGAAUACUCAAAACUUCCACACAAGACGUUGGUAUUUUUUAAAGCUGCUUUUAAGCUGUUUGAAGCAGAUUAUUAUGUUAAAGCCGAUGAUGACAUUUAUUUGCGCCCUGAUCGACUAGCAACUCUUCUGGCAAAAGAGAGAACCGAUCCAAGGACAUACAUUGGCUGUAUGAAGAAAGGACCAGUCAUUACUGACCCAAAAAUGAAGUGGUAUGAGAAAUCUGGACAUCUAAUCGGAAAUGAAUACUUCUCACAUGCUUAUGGUCCUAUCUAUGUUCUUUCUGCAGAGGUGGUGGCAUCACUGGCAAUUGCUAGGAACAACAGCUUGAGAAUGUUCAACAAUGAAGACGUCACAAUCGGAUCUUGGAUGCUUGCUAUGAAUGUCCAUCACGAAAAUAACAGGGCAUUGUGUGAUCCUCGAUGCACGCCCACAUCUAUUGCAGUUUGGGACAUACCAAAAUGUUCAGGUUUAUGCAAUCCGGUUAAGAAGAUGAUGGAACUUCAAAAGAUCGACAUGUGUUCCAAGAGCCCUACACUGCCACCUGAUGAUCGGUAAAUUUGGGUAACUUUCUAUCGAGUUCCUGAGGCCAGUGUUGAAGGAUCGGCAUGUUAUGGAAGCACGAUAGAUUGCUGUGCUUCAUGUGUAUGCUACACCAUAUUCAUAUAUUCAUCGACCAUGUAUAGUAUUCUAUUUAGCAAACCUUUUUUCAGUUUUAUUAUGUGAAUGAUGCUCUUGCUAUAUAUUGAUUGUAUGGUAUAUUGGAAAUUUUAUGGUUCA